AUCUCCUUGAACCACCCACAGUCUUUGUGAAAUUUCUCAACUUGCCCACCCCACCUUUUGUUUUACCCCAGCACCCCCAAGUUUGCUGAUAUUUGCCGUUUCCCUUUCCUCUCCGCCUCUCACCGUUGACCCCCUUCGCCUUUUAACGGUAACGACUUCCGAUCCAUACGCCCACAGUCACCCUCUUUCUCUGUUCUCAGGGUUUUCCUUAGGGUUUUGCUGUUUUUUUUUUUCUUCUUGAUUUUCUUUUUGCUAGUGAAACACAUUGUCUGGUUCUGAAUUCUCAUUUUUUCUUUCCCAAAAUCGAAACUGAAUCUCUAUGAAUUUGAGUCUCUCUCACAGGGUUUUUGCUGGAAUCCGAAACCCUAAUCUCUCUCCAAGUUGUCAAUGCAAAUUGUUCUUUGAGGUACAAUUUGAAAAUAGUCAAAAUACACUACCUUCUCCAAUCGUCUGCUGAAAAAUCAAUAAUGGAGAUUGAUAAUCACGAGGAAAGCGAUGGAAGCACACCUAGGACAAACGAAAAUGAUGUUUCUAUUAGGCGAGUUGCACCUGAUGAAUCUGGUGAAGGUUUGCCUUUUGCUCCUAUUAAUUGGCCUAAUCCUGGUGAUACUUGGCGGUGGAAAGUGGGAAAGCGAGUUUCUGGAUCUGGAUACUUUCUCGAUAGGUACCUCUAUCUUCCAAAAAGUCUUUGCCAUGGUGGUGGGAAUCCAACGCGUAGGAAAUAUGGUUUUGCAAGCAAGCUUGCAGUUGAACGAUACAUCCAAACAUCAUUUCCUGGUACAAACCUCGAUGCAUUUUUUGAAUCAUUCUCCUGGAAGAUCCCAGCCGAAAUGUCACUGUUAGCAAAUGGUGCUGUAAAGCUGAAGCAUGUUCCAGUUGUUCCACCAAUUCCACCUUGUGCAGAGAUUGAAGAGUCUGAUUCUCAGUCUGACGCCUUGUGCUGUAAAGCCAGAAAUAAGUUGUGCAUUAGUUUGUUGGGAGAAGCAGAAAACCCACCUUUAGCAUUCAUGAAGUGUGAUAUUUGCUGCACUGAAGCUAAGUUCUGUCGAGAUUGCUGCUGCAUUCUUUGUUCGAAGACUGUAAACUUCUCCUAUGGAGGCUAUGAUUACAUCAGAUGUGAAGCAAUGACAGGCGAGGGUACUAUAUGUGGGCAUGCUGCCCACAUUGAUUGUGCUCUCCGAUGCUACAUGGCUGGCACUGUAGGAGGAAGCAUCGGAUUGGAUUCUGAGUACUAUUGCCGGCGCUGUGAUGCAAGGACAGAUCUGGUUCCACAUGUGACGAGGCUUUUACAGACAUGUGAAUCCCUUGAUUCUCGGGACAACAUUGAGAAGAUUUUAAAUAUUGGUAUCUGCAUCUUGCGCAGUUCCGAGAAAACCAGUGCAAAGGAGUUGCUCAAACGUAUUGAAGUGGCUGUUGCAAAGCUCAAAUAUGGGACUUAUCUUGAAGAUAUUUGGAAGCAGGAAGGUAAUUCAGCUAAUUCAACCGAUGUUUGUCAUCAUCAAAGUACUGACAUGGAAGUCACAACUUACCAAGAGCCCUCGAAUGGUAAAACAUGCUCAGAUUUGAUGUCUGCAUCUUUCGAUUAUCGCUCUGAAUCUCAAAGACUCGCAGAAGACAUUGAUCAGGUUCUGCAUGCACUAAAGACAUCACAAGAGUCUGAAUUUAAGAUGGCGGAGGAAAAGCUUCUUGCACAGAAGAACUAUAUUUGUAAUCUGUAUCAGCAACUUGAGAAAGAGAAGUCUGAUUUGGCACGUCGCACAUCAACCGACCCUGAUGCUUUACUCAGUAUUGUAUUGAGCAGGGUGAAGCAGAUUAAAAGAGAAGUCACGAAUCUCAAGGAGAUGGAGGAAAUAGCCUCUGGAUUUGGAAAGACUUCUAGAGCUACCCUGAAGAAGCACUUCAAUUUGGAAAUUGAGGAAUGAAGUGAAUACUUGUCCCGAUUAUGAAAUUCAUCACUUUUUCAGUAACUUUUGGCCCUUAACCUUCAUCAUUUGAACUGAAAUCUUAUAAUUCUCUUGCAAUUGUACUGUCACCCUACUGUGUAUGGUAGAAUGAGCCACUGUGUGGUGGUGAUAUUUCAUGCCCAGCAGCAGGACAAAGGGAUAAAGUUCCUGUUGAAGAAACAGAAGUCGUUGGUGGUUUGUAAAUUGUGAGCUCCUAAGUGGUUUGCAUCCUUAGUUGUCAACUCAAGAACUGCGAGAGAAUAGACCGAGGGCAUUCAAGGAGUGCGUAAGAAUUUUGUGAUUUCUUGCUUCAAACAUCAUUGGGUCUUUCAUGGAAAGUAUGCAUGAGUAAUCAUCUCGUAAAUGCUUCUCUGUUCAAAGCAUCUGUCAGCUGCGUUCUUGUAUGCAACUUCCCAGUUUGUUGAGCAGUUGUGUAACUGAAAGAAAAGUGUGUUUUAUUUGUUCUUUGUUUCUAGUCUGUUUUUUUUUUUUUUUCAUCAAGGUGAGUUGUUGCCCGACUGGGAAGUUAGGAAUUUUGUCAAUUAGAGUGAAAUUUGGAACAGGAAUUUGUAUUUCCCUUUUGUAUCUCGCUAAUCUUUAGUUAGUUCUUUUAUUUGGUUAGAAGGUAGAUACAUGUAUGUUUCCUGUACAUAUAUACAAAAAUGCAGGAACAGUUCCUUGAGAUAGAAAUGCAUUGAUUUCUAUCUUCUUCA